AUGGCGGGAGAGUUGACCGAGCCGAGCGAACAUGCCUCCAAGCAGAAGAGCAGGGAAAUCGACAGAAAGCUAAGGAAGAACGGCAGAGAAGAGCGAUUUGUUUAUCAAUUACUGAAGAAAGACGAGAGGGGGAAAGAUGAGACAAGCCAGAGGGCGGAGAAGAACGCCAACGGCGUCAUGUCCGAGUCGCGAUUAUACUCCUUCUCCCCGGAGACCAAAGAAAAGCUUCGCAAGUUCCGCUUGGGGACCUCGCGAGCCAAGGAUGCGCAAGCCCUCAUAUACAUCAUCGACUCCAAGAACCACGAGAUCCGCCCGGAAGAUGAACAGGUCUACAGCAAGAUGGAGGACCUGGCGGAUGAACUGCCCGAAUCCUCGCCGCGGUUCAUCCUGUUGAGCUACCCGUUGACUUUGGGAUCCGGCCGCUUGACUGUCCCCUAUGUCCUCCUCUACUGGCUCCCCGAAAACUGCAACCCCACCUCGCGCAUGACGUAUGCGGGCGCAGUCGAACUGAUGCGCGCCACGGCGGAGGUCAACCGCGUGAUCGAGGUCCACGAGGAGGACGAUAUCACUUCGAUAGAGUCGAAGUUGCAGGGUGCGGAUUGA